UGACAAUUUAUUUAAUAUUUAACCCUAAAACCAUUUUAAGUAAGUCAACCGAAAUCAGUAACUAUUGAGUAACUUUAUUCGAUGAAAAAUUAUGAACACACACACAAUACAAAUUCUUUACAAAAACUCUAUAAUGGAUACAAAACCAUAACCACUAUAUCAUGACACUCCAAAAAGGUAUAAAACCUAAUAUAUUGGCGUUCUGCUUUACGCAUCAAUAGUUCAAUACGAUAAUUUUACUAAAAACACGUUAAUUCAACUGUGACGGAGCUGAUAGGGUGCCUAGCGACGCAAGUUAAGUCGAUAAAGCUCAACACACAACGCAAAACAGUGACGAGGUGACUCGAUGAAUUAAAAUCAUAUUCCGUGUUUUUGUCAAUUUAGGAAAUAUCAGUGACUAGUUGUCUGGUGAACGAAGAACAGUGUUUAUUGCUAGAGAUAAUAAGUAAAUAACAGAUACAAUGAGAAACGAAUAUCUUAGCAAUAACUCAAUAGGCUAGAAAGAUAAACACAACAACGUACCUAACAUUUAAGAAGGUAAAGUUCAAAAUCAAAUGAAGUGAAUAAACAGGGAAAAAAUGUCCAAUAAAACUUAUAACGAUUUGCUGGUCGAGACUUCAGAGCUUAUAGGAGAAGCAACUCAAGCGGAUGAAGCGCUUUUUGAAGCGGGAGCAGCUGACAGAAAUACACUUCUACCAAUUCUUCUUGAACUUCGAGUGAGGUAUACGAUGUUGCUCAGUCGGCUGGAUACAGUGUACGACCAACUUUUGCAGCCACAAAAGCGGAUGAUUGUCAAAAGACUGUUGGAAUCUUGUUUGGGAAGACUAAUAGAGAUAAAACAUGAUUUAGUGGAGAUGCGCUUGACUGAUCAUACUUUUGAUGAUGAUGAGGCUCUAGUUAAGCUCCAAGUGACUCCAAAUCAAGCUGAACCGUGUAUACCACAAUUUUUCAUCCGUGAGAGAGCAGAAGAGAUUGAGAGUAGACGACAGUUUGUACUUGACACAUUGAGAAAGUUGGGUUAUGAGCCUCCGAAGCCACAACCUCUAGUACUGACGGAACAGCAGGCCGUGAUCAUCAUACAAAGCCACGAAAGAGCUAGACAGGGAAGAUUAAGAGGUCAGUUUAUGAAAGAAAUUCGUCUGCUAAAAGAGAAAGGUAGAGAUCAGAAAGGAGAGAUGUCAGCAUCUGCAGCCACUGCUAUUCAGAAGGUCUGGCGAGGAUUCUUAGCAAGAAGACUGACCAGACGCAGGAAAAUAGAAGAACAGCUCUUAAUUGGCAUGGAAUUGCCUCCAUAUAUGGAAUCUGAAGCUCAGAGGAAAGCAGAAGAAGUUAAGGAUUACCGACGAAAAUUGCAAUCAGAGAGAGAGAAAGAGUAUCAAGCAGCAUUAGUCUCAAUUGAAGAAGAUCUUCGAAAACAACAUGAGAAAAAGUUGAACGAACAGAUUGGAGACGAACUGCGGAGGUGGAUAAGAGAGUACUAUGAUAGAACUGGACGGUUUCCUGAAAUGCCUUCUGAAGAAAGCGGAGGCAGCAGAGCUAUGUACAGUCGAACUGGAACUGGUAUGGAUAGUGAAAUAAGCAAGUCAUCGCCUGUGUCUUCUAAAGAAUCCAAAAGGAGUAAGGAAAGCAAAGAUAAAAAGAAUGGUAAAGGAGAUGAAAAUGGUAAAAAUGGGAAAGAAGAUGCUGAUGACCUUGACACUUACAAGUGUGCUAGUUCUGCCUUCUUGAAAGAUAUGACUGGUGCUAAUGAGGAAUAUGAAGAUAUAUGGAAGUUCAAAGAAGACGCAGAUAAUCCUCACGAGAGAUACUAUAAAGACAUGAUAGAACGAGAAAAGAUGGUCAAGAUUGAACAGGAGAUUAGGAACAUUGUGGAUGAAUUAAUGAGGAAUGAACUGGAGCUGCUGCAAGCUGCUUACGACCGAGACAGAGCACAGAAAGGGAAGAAAUCAAAGAAACAACAGAAAAAGACUCGUCGUGGAGGGAAGAAGAGUAAAAAGAAAAAAGAGAAAGAUUUAACGCCCGAUAGAACUACAGAAUCUUUGUUUGAAGAACUGGUAUCCAACGGCAUUAUACGGCCAUAUCCUCUAGUCAAGAUUGACGACUAUAUUGGAGAAAAGUGCUUUGUAGGAGCUAGCUAUAGAGAAAGUGGAGUUGAGGCAACACCGUGUUUAGGCGAUGUUAGGCAACUGGCAUUUGUCCAGAAGAUCGUGUCAUAUUCAUUGGUACUUCAAGAGCACCAUGGGACGCAGAACAAAAACUACUAUUCCAAUGCUAUCAGAAGAUCAUCCAAGUACCAAGAGCUGAUUAUGGAAGCAUUUCUAUGAUGUGGAGAAGCAAGCU